AGGUACUUACCCCAAACUGCCCAAACAGAGGAGCGAGCAGGGCGGAGGCAGGCGUGAGCGUGAGCGAGAAGCGAGAGCCGAGAAGCAUGUUCGUCCAUGCGUGCGCAUCCUAAAAAGAGAGCAGCAGUAGCAUGAGAGGAAUGAUGACGGCCCCGUCCCAGCCCCUCCCUUCAAUCCAACUCCACCUCCACAGAAAUCACAGCCUUUUCCCACCAAACAGCUGAGCAGAUUUGGUCUUAGCCUCCCCCCACGCUAAAUUUUUUUGCAUCUUUAUUCUGAGCUGAUUCAUUCGUUUCGUGGAUUUUGGAGGCCACGCGCUCCACCAACGACCAAUCCCCAUUCCAGUUCUCCAAUCGAAAGCAAGGCAUUGAACAAAUCCUGAAUAGCAGCAGCAAUCCACCAAGAACUCCACUACAAGAAUCCCCCAAUCAUUCCUCGUCUCGCCGCUGCGUUUGGCCCACUCCAUCCACCAUCCAGGAAAUCAUCCCCACUCGGUUCUUCGCCCCCCCCAAAUCGGCCCUACGCCCGCACCAGAUUACAGCUCAUAAUCCCACGAGGAGGCAAUGACGGAGGUGGCGAUACUCCGGGGCCCGACCAACCUCGCUUCCCCCGCAAGCCGCGCCUCCUCCUCCCUGCGCUAUUUAGCCAAUGCCGAUAGCGACGUGCUCCACAGAGGCAGCAGAGCGGAGAACCCUACAGGAUCUACAGGAGGCCUUCGACUUGAAGGACGGAGAGAGCGGGAGGUAGAAGGAUCCGAAGAGGAAGAGGAGCGGUGGUCGUUCUUGGAACUGCUGCUUGAGCUGCUGCGCAAGUCGUUGUUCGGGUGCAGGGAGGAGGGCGGCGGCGGCGGCGAAAGCGGAGGCUGUGGGAUGGAGAUCGGGUGGCCGACGGAGGUGCAGCACGUGGCUCAUGUCACCUUCGACAGGUUCCAUGGAUUCCUGGGGCUCCCCGUCGAGUUCGAGCCCGAGGUGCCCCGCCGCGCUCCUAGUGCCAGUGCAAGUGUCUUUGGAGUUUCAACAGAAUCAAUGCAGUGUUCCUAUGAUUCCAGACGAAACAGUGUUCCGACAAUUCUCUUGAUGAUGCAGAGACGUCUUUAUGAACAAGGUGGUCUCCGGGCAGAAGGUAUUUUUCGUAUAAACGCAGAGAAUAGCCAGGAGGAGCUUGUGAGAGACCAGUUAAACAGUGGAAUUAUUCCGUAUGGUAUUGAUGUUCACUGUUUGGCAGGUCUAAUCAAAGCAUGGUUUAGGGAAUUGCCAAGCGGAGUGCUGGACCCUAUUCCACCAGAACAGGUGAUGCAAUGCCAGUCUGAAGAGGAUUGUGUCCGGGUUGCCAAAUGCCUUCCACCAGCUGAAGCAGGCUUACUUGACUGGGCCGUUAAUUUAAUGGCUGAUGUUGUCCAAGAAGAACAGAUAAACAAGAUGAAUGCUCGCAACAUUGCUAUGGUUUUUGCACCAAAUAUGACUCAGAUGGUAGAUCCUUUGACUGCACUGAUGUAUGCAGUGCAAGUGAUGAAUUUUCUCAAAAUGCUAAUACAGAAGACCCUCAAGGAUAGAGAGGAGUCCAAUCUGGAGGAUGGGUCUUUGCCCCAAAAGGACCCAUCUGAUGAAAAUGGGCAUCAUAACCCCAGCCUCCCUGUUGAUUCUCACCAUGAGGAAGAAUCAAGACGUCCUUCUUUUGUCAGUGAGGAACCCCUGCUGAACAGCCCUGCACACAUCACCAAAGACAAGCCUAACGAGACUACCCCUGCUGGAGGACACUCAGCACCUUCUGGACAGACAGGUAAUGUCUUGACAAACAUGGAGGGCUUCUCUAGUUGGUCCGAACCUCUUCCGGCACCUUUGGCCACUGCCAAUGCUUCAUGUGCUACAACUGUGAACUCACUUCAAGGCAAGGGGAGCCGUAGCCUGAAUAGUAGGAGGACCAGAAAGGGUAAGGGGCAGUCUGGAACACCUGCCGUUGCUCCAGCUGAGAAAAAGUCAAGAGGUGCGAGCAUCGUGAGCCGGUUAAACUCCACGGUUGAACGGAUUGAAGCGUGGAGAUGAAUGAGACCGGAUGGCUUUGCCAUUUCUGUUGUGCAAUAGAUGACUGACCCAAUGUGUUCCUGCAUAGAGGACCAACCGAGAACUGUGUGCUCCCCUAUUUUGCAUUUUUGAUGUGGUUACCAUUUCCUGUGAGAUCAUGAUUCUGUAUCUUCUGAUACUUUCCCCCCACCUACACUAACUUUUGUAUCCUCUUUAUCAGUACUUGUCAUUGUUUGAGUAAAUUAAAAUCAGAGGCCAUUGCUUUUCGCUGUACA